AUGGACCAUCGCAGGACUCAGUCUGCGCAAGCCCGUGUUCAUCCUCCGCCUGCCCAGCUUCCUCCAGGCGCUCAACAACCUCAGAUACGACCAUAUGGGAUCGCAGCUGGCUUGCUAAACGCCAAUUCUGCCUUUCUCCAGCCCCCCAACGCAGGCAGAGGCGGAGCUCCGUAUCGCGAACGAACAUAUUCCACGAGUUCUGCUGAUUUAUAUGCCGAUUCGCCUUCUUCGUCGUCUUACUCGGAUACAACGCCUAAUGCUGGAGGCAAUCCUGGACACUUCCCUUUUCCUGAACCUGGAUUAUAUCGUUCAACAUCUGCUGGUGCCGUUCCUGCUGGAGGAUAUAACCCCGGCAGCAUCAGAAGGGCACAGCGUCAAGACACAAUCACACCAGAUAGCCCUGGCCUCUACGAUGGUGCAUUCUCAGACGAAUCAUUCGAUAGGAAUGAAUACGCUCAAAGUGUCACUUCAUUUGGCUCGCCAGAGCGCUCACCCUCGCUACGAGCCGAGGCGUUUACCCAACUUGGGUUGGAUCAAGAUGCGAUCAAAAAGUUUCAGGAAGGGAAACUGAACCCAAACGACGAAGAGUGGCAUAGGCUUGUGGACCCGGAAGCAAGAAAUGCGCUGCCGAAUAAAGAGGUCAGCCGACAGAAUGUCCUCUUUGAAGUCAUCAAGUCGGAGAAAGACUAUGUCCAGGAUCUUGAAAUCAUGCGCGAUGCAACUCCUCCGAUCAUUCAAAACGAUCGACUCCACAAUUUUGUCAGCGAGGUCUUUUGGAAUUUCGAGCCGAUUCUCGAGCACCAUCAGCGCCUGCUCGGGGCCCUAUACGAACGACAAAGGGAACAACAUCCCAUCAUACAGAGUCUUUCAGAUCUCAUCAUGGAGGCGGUUCUCCAAUUCACCGAAGAUUAUGAAAGCUACAUAAAGCAUUAUCCUCUGGCAGAGGCGCGUCACCGACGGGAAAUGCGCCGGAACCCUGCCUAUCAAGAGUUUCUAGCGGAACGGACCGCAGACAAGCGCACAAGAAAACGAGAUUUGAUCACAUUCAUAUCAAGGUCGGUCACACGACUGCCAAGACUAAAGCUUCUACUCGAAACCGUACUCAAGCACACACCAGAAGAUCAUCCAGACGCAGAGAAUCUUCCGGUUCUUCUUGGUAUUAUUGGCGACUUCCUCAAAAGUACGCAAGUAGGCAUCGCGGUGGCUGAGAGUCGAGUCAAAUUCGUAUCCUUCUGUGAGAAUCUCACAUUUAAGAGAGGCGAAUUGAUCGACAUGGAUCUCUAUGGAGAGAACCGCACGUUGAUUCAUAUGGGACCUGUAGCUCGGAAAAACAAGAACGACUACUCGUGGGCCGACUUGACUGCUGUUCUCCUCGACCAUUAUUUUAUUCUUACAAGAGAAGAAGCAAGAGGGGAAAUCACCAAAUAUUAUGUAGUAUCUCGGCCUAUCCCACUGGAUUUCCUUCGCCUUGGUCCUUUUAUUGGUCCACCAGAAAGUCGAAGAGAUGCCAACUCGGAGAAUGCAGCGUUUCUGAACCUCAAUAUUUUUGCCGACGCGCGAUCGUUCUACCCAUUCGUCAUUGCCGAUGCUGCCUCUGAGGAACGACGAUAUGUGUUGUACACACCGAGCGAUCGAGAACGUGCCAAGUGGAAACAGGUCUUGGAAGAGACAAUCUCUUUGAGACGCGCAUACGUAGAUGCCAAUAAGCUCUUUGCCUUUGAGGUCAUCUCGGAUGAUUAUAUGCGAGAACGAACCGUCUUGGUACCUAGCUCCCGCAAGAGGGGAUUGACUGGACCGAUGAUAUCGGUCACCACGUUUAAUAUCAACGACCGCGCUUUCAUCGCAGUGGCCGCUCAGAACGGCGUUUAUGUUGCUUUCCGGAGUGACCCCUCUGUAUUCACUCUGGUACUUGAGCUGAGCAAGAUCACAAUGAUUACUGCGUUGCCCAAAUACGACAGGCUAUUCAUCCUUUGCAACAGCACGGUCAUAUCGUACUCGCUUCGCGUCUUUGCCGAUGUAGCCCAGAACAAGGUGGAACCGACGGCCCUGGACAAGACGCUCGUUAAGCUCACUCCAAAAGCGGCUGGGCAUGUCAGCUUCUUCCGUGUUGGUCGAUUAGCAGGGAGGGAUAUGAUGGUCUACGAUGAAAGAGGUCUUCGCUCAUCGACCAUUCAUACGGUCGAGAUUCGGAUAGGAGGCUUGACUGAAAUCAAGAAAGGAGCAUACUUGCCUGGAAUCGCUACAGAUGUCCAGUUCCUGACUAAACAUUUGGCAAUCGUCUCUGAUCGGGGAAUGACCGUACUGGAUCCAUUCGACAUUUCGAAUGUCCUCACAGUCCCUGACUUUUCUGCUGCGCACAAUGAUACAGCCAUGAUGGCUCUCAAGGAUAAAUGCGACUCGUCGCGGACCCUUGGAAUGGUGCCUGCUCUCAAUGGAGAACAGCUCUGUAUCUACGAAGAAUACGGUUGCUACAUUCACAAGCAUGGCUACCCCAUUCGAAAGUGUGGGUUCGUCAAAUGGGAAAUCAAGGCGACGUCUUAUGUGUUCCGUGCACCCUAUGUUCUGCUCUUUGGAGAAAACUUUGUGGAGAUUCGUCACGCGCCCACAGGCCAAUUUCGACAAAUGCUCGAGCACAAGGGACUGCGGCUCCUCGCGCAGACUUCGCUCGAGGGAGAUGUGGGCGAUUUCAUGAUGUCUUGGAAAGGAGAAAAGAACGACGAAUUCGGUCAGAGUUACGCUCUUGUAGAGGUAGUGGAGACGCGAGAUCUCCGUUCGCUCAGCAAUGAUGCUGCCUCGUUGGAGAGGAGCAUCAGUGCAAUUUCAGCUCAACCUCUUGCCAAUGUCCUUUGGGAGGAGUGGAAUUGA